AUGACUUCCGUCGAAGAGCUCGUGUUUUAUGCAAAUGGAAAGAAAAUCUGUGAAAAGAAUGCUGACCCUGAAACAACAUUACUAACAUAUUUAAGAGAAAAAUUACUCCUCAAAGGAACCAAAUUAGGAUGCGCAGAAGGAGGGUGUGGAGCAUGCACAGUCAUGGUUUCCCGUUACGACCGCCAAAGACGGAAAAUCUUGAAUUAUUCAGCUAACGCAUGCUUGAUGCCUGUUUGCGCAGCUCAUGGUUUGGCAAUUACUACUGUAGAAGGCAUUGGUAGUAUUCAAAAUGGACUCCAUCCAGUACAGGAAAGAAUUGCUAAGUCCCACGGUUCGCAGUGUGGGUUUUGUACACCCGGUAUUGUUAUGUCAAUGUAUUCACUGAUCAGAAACAAGCCAAACCCCACCAUGGAAGAUAUAGAAAAUGCGUUUCAAGGUAACUUAUGUCGCUGUACUGGUUACAGACCUAUCUUGGAAGGAUUUUCGACAUUUGCCAAGGGCUGCGGAAUUAAUGGUAAAUGCUGUCAACAAAAUGGAAAUAACUCAGUAGACAAUAAAGGUUGCGGAGUCAAUGGCAAAUGUUGUCAACAGCGUAACACUGGUUCACUCCAAAACAACAAAGGCUGCGGAAUUAAUGGUAAAUGCUGUCAACAAAAUGGAAAUAACUCAGUAGACAAUAAAGAAGUCGAAAAAUUGUUUGAUGAAAGCGAAUUUUUACCAUAUGAACCAACGCAAGAACCGAUCUUUCCUCCCCAACUUCAGUUAAGUGAUGAAUAUGACGUGAAAAGUUUAAAAUUCAUUGGAGAACGAACAAUAUGGUUUCGUCCUGUGACCCUUUCAGAACUGCUAGAACUAAAACAACAAUACCCCCAGGCAAGAAUCGUCAACGGCAAUACUGAAGUUGGUGUGGAAACAAAAUUUAAAAAUAUGUUUUAUCCCACACUCAUCUACCCUGGUAACGUACCGGAACUAAAUAUUAUUGAAAACAUUCCCGACGGAAUUAUGAUCGGAGCUGCUGUCAGUCUUGCCCGUAUGGAAGAAAUCCUCAAGGAAGAAAUCAAAAGACUCCCGGACUACAAGACCCAAAUUUUCCGUGCCAUUGUCGAUAUGUUGCAAUGGUUUGCUGGUCACCAAAUCAGAAAUGUUUCUGCUAUCGGUGGAAAUAUAGCUACGGCUAGCCCAAUCUCCGAUAUGAAUCCACUAUUCAUGGCCGCAGGUGUCGUCUUACAACUAGCAUCUAAAGAUGGACACAGAGAAGUGAAGAUGAACAGUGAUUUCUUCAAGCGAUACAGAGUUACGGACAUGCAACCAAAUGAAGUGAUCGUGUCCUUAAAGAUACCUUACAGUCAAAAGAAUGAGUACAUGAGGGGUUACAAACAGUCUCAUCGUCGUGAAGAUGAUAUUGCUAUUGUGAAUGCUGGCUUUAGGGUCAAGUUCAAGGACGACAGUCAUGUGGUCUCAGAUAUUUCACUGGUUUUCGGGGGAAUGAGACCAAUAACAGCAAUGGCAACAAAAGCUAUGGAGAAAGCUAUUGGCAGGAAAUGGGAUGACAUGCUGGUGACUGAUAUGUGUGAUUGGCUGACUACAGAGCUACCUCUGAGCCCGGAUGUUCCCGGUGGAAUGGCCAGAUAUCGUCAAACACUUUGUUCCAGUUUCUUUUUCAAGUUCUUUCUGAACGUUUGCCAACAACUUCAACUCAAAGUUAAACCGGAAGAAUUAAGCGGAGGUGAAGGUAUUCAUUAUGAACCCUGCCAAGGCAGUCAAAUAUUCGAAAAGUUGGACCCUGGACAGUUGAAGACAGAUCUUGUUGGACGGCCUGUUGUCCAUAUGUCCGGUCUUAAACAAGCUACCGGAGAGGCAAUCUACCUCGAUGACAUUCCAAAAUAUGAGAAUGAACUUCGCCUAGCCCUUGUUAUGAGUACAAAGGCUCACGCUCGUCUUAUAAACGUUGACCCAUCUGAGGCCCUUUCUAUGCCUGGAGUUGUCGACUAUAUCGACUACAAAGAUGUUCCAGGGUCAAAUAUGUAUGGGUUCUGCAAAGAUGAAUACAUCUUUGCUGUGGAUAAGGUAACUUGUGAGGGGCAGGUAAUUGGUGCAAUUGUAGCAGACACUGCUGCGCAUGCCCAAAGAGCCGCGAAGAACGUAAAGAUAACUUAUGAAGAACUCACGCCAAUUGUGACUAUAGAGCAAGCGAUCGAGGCGAAUUCAUUCUACGUCACAAAGGAAAUUAAAGACGGCGAUCUGGAGGUAGGUUACAAGGAAUCUGAUCAUGUGAUCGAAAGAGAAAUUCGCAUUGGAGGACAGGAGCAUUUCUAUUUGGAAACCCACUCGACUCUCGUCAUUCCCAAAAAAGAAGACCACGAACUGGAGAUUUAUGCCUCAACCCAAAACAUAAACGAACUUCAGCUGGGUAUUGGAAGUGCUUUAAACAUUCCCGCAAAUAGAUUUUGUGUGCGGGUGAAAAGAAUUGGUGAGUCAAUGUAA